AUGAUCCAGAACACCUAUGGCAUCAGGAACACCAAGUGCGAGGACUGCAUGAUCUGCUGCGCGUGCGUCUUCUCGUUCGUGUGGUGCAUCAUCAACAUCUUCUUCAACGUGCCCGAUGGGUCGAACAUGGUGGUGGACUGCUUCUACCUGGCCUUAUCGGCGUGCUUCCAGUCUCAACAGCACGCCGAGAUGGAAUACCAGAGCAAGAAGCACGCACCCCACGAAGUCGAGAUGAAGAAGAUGUAA